AUGGACCUGAGCGCCGCCGCCGCGCUGUGCCUCUGGCUGCUGAGCGCCUGCCGCCCCCGCGACGGGCUGGAAGCGGCCGCUGUGCUGCGAGCGGCGGGGGCAGGGCCGGUCCGGAACCCGGGGGGCGGCGGCGGCGGCGGCGGCGGCGGCAGCGGCGGGCGGACCCUCGUCCGGGCUGCGGGCGCCUCGGCCGUCCCGGGCGCUGCGCGCCGCGCCGCGGGCUCCAGCUUCAGGAACGGCUCGGUGGUGCCGCACCACUUCAUGAUGUCGCUCUACCGGAGCCUGGCCGGGAGGGUUCAGGCCGGGGUGGCCGCCGCCUCCGUCUCGGGCCACAGCCGCGCGGACACCAUCACCGGCUUCGCGGACCAGGCUACCCAAGACGAGUCGGCGGCCGAGACCGGCCAGAGCUUCCUAUUCGACGUGUCCAGUCUUUCCGACGCCGACGAGGUGGUGGGCGCCGAGCUGCGCGUGCUGCGUCGCCAGGCGCCGGAGCCCGACCUUGGCACCGCGACUCGUCCGCCGACACUGCUGCUACUGUCCACGUGCCCGGGCGCCGCCCGCGCCCCGCGCCUGCUGCACUCGCGGGCCGCCGAGCCCUUGGACGGCGCGCGUUGGGAGGUGUUCGACGUGGCCGACGCCGUGCGGCGCCACCGCCGGGAGUCGCGAGCCACCCGCGCGUUCUGUCUCCUGCUGCGCGCAGUGGCCGGCCCGGGGCGGAGCCCGUUGGCAGUGCGGCUGCUGGGCUUCGGCUGGCGCGGCGGCGCCGCGGCGGAGGAGCGUGCGUUGCUCGUCGUCUCCUCCCGCACGCAAAGGAAGGAGAGCCUGUUCCGGGAGAUCCGCGCCCAGGCCCGCGCGCUCGGGGCCUCUCUGGCCGCGGAGCCGCCGCCAGACCCGGGACCUGGCGGCGCGUCGUCCAGGGUGGCCAUCGGCGGUCGCAGGCGGCGGCGGACAGCACUAACCGGGACGCGCGCGGCGCAGGGCAGCGGCGGGGGCGCGGGCCGGGGCCACGGGCGCAGGAGCCGGAGCCGUUGUAGUCGGAAACCGCUGCACGUAGACUUCAAGGAGCUGGGCUGGGACGAUUGGAUCAUCGCGCCGCUGGACUACGAGGCGUACCACUGCGAGGGCGUGUGCGACUUCCCGCUGCGCUCGCACCUCGAGCCCACCAACCACGCCAUCAUUCAGACGCUGCUCAACUCUAUGGCGCCGGACGCGGCGCCGGCUUCCUGCUGCGUGCCCGCGCGCCUUAGCCCCAUCAGCAUCCUCUACAUCGACGCCGCCAACAACGUGGUCUACAAGCAGUACGAGGACAUGGUGGUGGAGGCGUGCGGCUGCAGGUAG